ACAGGAGAAAAUACUAACAGUGCUUCACAGAAGUCCCUCUCGGGAGCACUCCUGGCCAGCUCUCUCUCUACAAGGCCCAUCAGCUAGCUACCUUGAGCCUAUGGCCAACAAGAAUCUCACCACUGUGACCGAGUUCAUUCUUGUGGGCUUCACGGAUCACCCCGAACUGGCGGUUCUGCUCUUCUUGGUGUUCUUCAGUUUCUAUCUUGUCACCAUUCUGGGGAAUGUGGGACUGAUUAUUCUAAUCCAAGUGGACGUCCAGCUCCACACCCCGAUGUACUUCUUCCUGAGCCACCUCGCCCUGCUGGAUGCCUGCUAUGCCUCGGUCAUCACCCCUCAGAUCCUGGCCACACUGGCCACAGACACAACGGUCAUCUCCUAUGGCCGCUGUGCUGCCCAGUUCUUUUUCUUCACGCUCUGCGCGGGCACAGAGUGUUACCUGCUGGCGGUGAUGGCUUAUGACUGCGUCGUCGCCAUUAGCAGUCCACUGCGCUACAACAUGACUGUGACUCCAGGCACCUGCAGGGGCUUGUUGGCUGGAGCCUACAUCUGUGGGGUGUCGGGGGCCAUCCUACGUACCACAUGCACCUUCACCCUCUCCUUCUGUGAUGACAAUCAGAUCAACUUUUUCUUCUGUGACCUCCCACCCCUGCUGAAGCUCGCCUGCAGCAGCAUGACACAAAGUGAGAUUGUCAUUCUCUUUUUUGCAAAAUUCAUGUUCCUGGCCAAUGUCAUGAUCAUCCUCAUCUCCUACAUGCUCAUCAUCAGAGCCAUUCUGAGGGUGAAGUCUGCUGGGGCACGAGCCAAGACCUUCUCCACCUGCACCUCCCACCUCACCACUGUUGUCCUCUUCUUUGGGACACUUGCCUUCAUGUAUCAGAGAAGUAACUCAGACAAAUCCCCAGAGGAGGACAAGAUUGUUUCUGUCUUUUACACUGUAAUCAUCCCUAUGCUGAAUCCCUUGAUCUACAGUCUGAGGAACAAAGAUGUAAAAACUGCAUUCAGAAAAGUCAUUGGUAAACUCCAGUUCCCAAGGAAUGUAGCUUUAGGUGAGGGUUCUUCAUCCUGACCCAUCUUCUCCUGAGAAUCUGCAUAUUCUGAUGGGCACCAACACCACAUGGUGCUUGCCCCUGAGAAUGGACAAUAGGUGGCUUUCUCCAGCACCUGGAAGUGGGCAGGUGACUUUGUCUGGAUGACUUCCACCUCUCUUUUCUUCCCCCUCUCCCUCUUUUACCCUCCCAAACUUGCUGGGUUCCAGGGCUACUCUCUGACAUCACAGAGCUAAAAAGUACCACAGUCAUAGACAAGCUAAUCACCACAUCCAACCUCCCACUCCCUAACUCACCAUUC